AUGGUGUCUGCAACAACAACCACCACCAGAACUGCUAUUUCGCGGUUUCUCGUGAAAUGUUUCGCUUACUCUUUCACUGUGUUCUCAAUGAUUUCAGCAGUCACUGACCCUCGUGAUGCGGCGGCUCUUCGUUCUUUGAUGGAUCAAUGGGACAAUACGCCUCCUAGUUGGGGAGAUUCUGAUGAUCCUUGUGGAACUCCUUGGGAAGGUGUCUCUUGCAAUAACUCAAGAAUCACUGCUUUGGGUUUGUCAACAAUGGGUCUCAAAGGAAGGCUUAGUGGUGACAUUGGAGAACUAGCUGAACUAAGAUCCUUGGACCUUUCGUUUAAUCCAGGGCUUACGGGGUCACUUACUUCCCGCUUAGGAGACUUGCAAAAGCUAAACAUCCUUAUUCUUGCUGGUUGUGGAUUCACUGGUAGCAUCCCAAACGAGCUUGGCUAUCUCAAAGAUCUAUCUUUCUUGGCCUUGAACUCGAAUAACUUCACCGGUAAAAUUCCAUCGGCUUUAGGAAACCUCACCAAGGUUUAUUGGUUGGAUCUUGCGGAUAAUCAGUUGACAGGACCCAUUCCAAUUUCAUCAGGCUCUAGUCCUGGUCUUGAUCUUCUUCUAAAAGCCAAACAUUUUCAUUUCAACAAGAAUCAGCUCUCAGGCACCAUUCCACCAAAACUUUUCAGCUCUGAGAUGAUACUGAUCCAUGUACUAUUCGAUGGAAACCGAUUCACAGGGAGCAUACCUUCCACUUUAGGACUUGUUCAGACACUAGAGGUUCUUCGGCUUGACAGGAACACUCUGACCGGAAAAGUUCCAGAGAAUCUCAGCAAUCUCACAAACAUCAUUGAACUGAACUUAGCACACAACAAGCUUGUAGGAUCAUUACCAGAUUUGUCAAACAUGAAGUCGCUGAACUACAUAGACCUUAGCAAUAACUCAUUUGAUCCAUCAGAGUCUCCUCUCUGGUUCUCAACCUUACCUUCACUGACCACACUGGUGAUGGAAUAUGGAGCUCUACAAGGACCACUACCUAAUAAGCUCUUUGGAUACCCACAGCUUCAACAAGUGAAACUGAAAAAGAAUGCAUUCAAUGGAACACUGAGCUUGGGAGACACAGUAGGUCCACAGCUCCAACUCGUUGAUCUGCAAGAUAAUGACAUUUCCUCUGUAACACUUAGCUCUGGAUAUACCAAUACAUUAAUACUCGUAGGAAACCCGGUAUGCACAACAGCUCUUUCAAACACAAACUACUGUCAGAUUCAGCAGCAACAAGCCAAACGAAUAUACUCGACCAGUGUUGCUAACUGUGGAGGAAAAUCUUGUCCAUUAGACCAAAAGAUAAGCCCUCAGAGCUGUGAAUGCGCUUACCCUUACGAAGGCACACUCUACUUCCGAGGGCCUAUGUUCAGAGACUUGUCCAAUGUGAACACAUACCAUUCGCUUGAGAUGAGCUUGUGGGUGAAACUAGGACUCACUCCGGGAUCGGUGUCUCUACAAAACCCUUUCUUCAACAAUGAUGAUUAUCUUCAGAUACAGUUAGAACUUUUCCCAUCUACUGGAAAGUAUUUUAACAGAACUGAAGUACAAAGAAUUGGAUUUGACUUGAGUAACCAAACAUUCAAACCUCCUCCUGUGUUUGGACCUUACUAUUUCAUUGCAUCUCCCUACACUUUUCCAGCUGAAGGUAACGGACAUUCAUUGAGCUCUCGGAUGGUCAUUGGGAUAAUAACUGGUUGCAGUGCUUUAGUCCUGUGCCUUGUUGCGCUAGGAGUAUACGCGGUUUGGCAGAAGAGACGCGCAGAGCAAGCUAUUGGUUUGAGUAGACCAUUUGUUUCAUGGGCAUCGAGUGGAAAAGACAGUGGUGGUGCACCGCAGCUGAAAGGAGCACGAUGGUUCUCUUACGAGGAACUCAAGAAGAUCACAAACAACUUCUCCAUGAGCAGCGAGUUAGGUUAUGGAGGUUAUGGAAAGGUGUAUAAAGGAAUGCUUCCAGAUGGACAAAUGGUGGCAAUCAAAAGAGCACAACAAGGAUCAACACAAGGCGGUCUCGAGUUCAAAACAGAGAUUGAGUUACUCUCUCGAGUUCAUCACAAAAACCUCGUUGGUCUUGUCGGUUUUUGCUUCGAACAAGGCGAGCAGAUUCUAGUCUACGAGUACAUGUCCAACGGAUCACUAAAAGACAGCUUAACAGGACGAACUGGUAUCACCCUCGACUGGAAAAGGAGGCUACGAGUGGCGCUAGGAUCGGCAAGAGGACUAGCGUACCUCCACGAACUAGCGGAUCCACCGAUCAUACACAGAGACGUGAAAUCAACAAACAUUCUUUUAGAUGAGAAUCUCACAGCCAAAGUUGCUGAUUUUGGUUUGUCUAAGCUGGUUUCGGACUGUACCAAAGGACAUGUUUCAACACAAGUCAAAGGCACAUUGGGAUAUUUAGAUCCAGAAUACUACACAACACAGAAACUUACAGAGAAGAGUGAUGUGUACAGUUUCGGUGUUGUAAUGCUUGAAUUGAUCACUGCAAAACAACCGAUUGAGAAAGGAAAGUAUAUUGUUAGAGAAAUCAAGCUUGUGAUGAACAAAAGCGACGAGGAAUUUUACGGAUUGAGAGAUAAGAUGGAUCGUUCGUUGAGAGUCGCCGGAGCUUUGCCGGAGCUUGGUCGGUAUUUGGACUUAGCUUUAAAAUGCGUUGAUGAGUCGGCGAGUGAGAGACCGACGAUGAGUGAAGUGGUUAAAGAGAUCGAGAUUAUGAUACAGAAUUGUGGAGUUAGUAGUAGCACCUCCGUAUCUGCGUCGUCUUCGGCGACGGAUUUUGGAGGAGUGAAAGGAGGAGGAGUUAAGGUUUUGUACGGAGAGAGUUUGAGGAAGAAGGAAAUAAGAGAGGGAGAGUUUGAUUAUAGCGGUGGUUACUCUGUUCCGACGAAAAUUGAGCCCAAGUAA